AUGCCUCUCGACACAUCGACCUACAAUUUAGCGCUCCUGCGCGUCGACGGCCGGCGCUGGAACGACCUGCGCCGGCAGCACGCCUCGAUAAGAACUCAGGCCGCCGCGGACGGCUCGUCGUACCUAGAGAUGGGCAACACCAAAGUCAUGUGCAUCGUGACGGGGCCGUCAGAGUCGGCACGGCGGGCAGCCCAGUCGUCCUCGGCGUCGACCGCGUCGGGGCCGGGACCCAACAGCGCCGAGGUGGCCGUCAGCGUCGUCGUGGGCGGCUUCAGCACCGUCGACCGCAAGAAGCGCAGCCGCACCGACAAGCGCACCCAGGAACUCCAGGCCACCAUUGCCAAGGCCCUCGCCGGCACCCUCCACCUGCACCUGUACCCGCGCUCCACCAUUGCCGUCUCGCUGCACGUGCUGUCCCAGGACGGCAGUCUGCUGGCCGCCCUCCUCAACGCCGCCACCCUCGCCCUCAUUGACUCGGGUAUCCCCAUGACCGACUACCUAGCUGCCUGCACGGCCGGGUCUACGAGCUCUCACGCCGCCAACGACGAGGGCGCCGACCCGCUUCUCGAUCUAAAUCAGCAGGAGGAGCAGGAGCUGCCAUUUCUGACCAUGGCCACGCUCGGCGCGAGCGACAAGGUGGCUGUACUGGUGUGCGAGAGCAGAGUCCAGAUCGGAAGACUGGAGGGCAUGAUGGCUGUUGCGGCCGAUGGUUGCAGAUGGGUUCGAAACUUUCUGGACGAUGUGGUGAGAGAAAAGGGUGCCAAGAUGGUGAGAGAGGGAGCCGUUCAGAAGGGAGAUAUUGUGGACAUGGAUCUCGACUGA